UGCUUCCUCUCUGGUGCUAGGAUGUUCUGAGAAUUGAAGGACUCAGAUUUAAAUUCUAGUUUUGCUGCUGAUUUUGUACAUGACUCUGAGCAAGUUAUUUCUUAACCUUGUCUAUAAUUGAAUGUAUUAAAUGAUUUCUAAGGUUUCUUCCAGCUCUCAUUUUGUUAUCAAUCAACUUCCCCAAAUUAUGUUAUGUUCUGCAGGUAGAGAAGAGCAGGAACCCGUUGUCCAUAAUAUUUUUUUUGCCUUAUAACGGAAUAUUGAAAUUUAAACGGUGAACUCAUCUUUCAUAAUUGUAUUUUGGUUUUAUUUAUAGAUGCCAGAAGUGGGUGGAGAAUUGUAGGAGAGCAGACUUAGAAGAUAAAACACCUGAUCAACUCAAUAAACAUUAUCGAUUAUGUGCCAAACACUUUGAGACCUCCAUGAUCUGCAGAACUAGUCCUUAUAGGACAGUUCUUCGAGAUAAUGCAAUACCAACAAUAUUUGAUCUUACCAGUCAUUUGAACAAUCCACAUAGUAGACACAGAAAACGAAUAAAAGAAUUGAGUGAAGAUGAAAUCAGGACACUGAAACAGAAAAAAAUUGAUGAAACUUCUGAACAGGAACAAAAACAUAAGGAAAUCAACAACAGCAAUGCUCAGAACGCCAGCGCAGAAGAAGGGGGUGAAGAACAGGAUGAAGACAUUUUACCUUUGACCCUUGAAGAGAAAGAAAACAAAGAAUACUUAAAAUCUUUAUUUGAAAUUUUGAUUCUUAUGGGAAAACAAAACAUCCCUCUGGAUGGGCAUGAAACUGAUGGGCUCCCAGAGGGACUCUUUACUCCUGAUAACUUCCAAGCACUGCUGGAGUGCCGGAUCAAUUCUGUUGAGCAGUCAGACUCACAGAGGUAA